AUGCGAACGGAGAAAGAGCGUGUUGUCAAGCUGCAUGAAGUGCUAAAGAAGAAAAUGCAGAUCCUCGAAGGCGACAAGCGGACUUUGGAUGAACAGGCAACAGCUCUGAAGCUAGAAACGGCGGCCUCGGAGAGAGAAAUAGAUACGCUGAAGCAACAGGCUGAGAAUGAUAAGCGGCAAAUCGAAUCACUGCUCCGCGAGAGGGAUUUACUAUCUAAGAACCUUUUAAACGCGGACGCCACUGCAAAGAAGCAUGCGGAUCAUGCCAAGAGACAGCUGACGCAUUGCGAGCACCUUGAAAAAGAAGUUGAUGGGUUCCGACGCGAAUGCCAACAACUGCAGCAGAAAGUCGAAACUCUUGAAGCAGAAAGGGAUCGUUAUGGACACACUCUAAACAAGAGCAACCAGAAGUACCUAGAGAGCCUCGAGCAGCUCAAGAAUGAAGAGCUCAGAGUGGCCGAUUUGCAGCGCUCCAUUGGAGAGCAGCAGGCAAAACUUGCUGCACAAAAAACCCUGUACGAGGCUGUGAGAUCAGACAGGAACCUCUUUUCAAGGAAUCUGAUUGCAAGCCUUGACGAGAUGACUGAGCUGAAGCAUAAGUUCAAACUCAUGUUUCAGCAAGUCGGCCAGCUUAAGGAAGAGAUAAAGACGAAAGAUGCCGGACUUCUGAAACAACAUUUCGAGCACAGAAGGAUUACGUCCGAAAACGAAAAGCUGAAGGAUGACCUGGGCAAGGCGGAGAAGAAGCUUAGCUCCCUUGAGCAAAUCAUUGCUGCGCAAAAGCACAUAUUGGCAGAGAGGGACAUGCUGGGGACUCAACUGCUCAAGCGAAAUCAAGAGCUAUCCCUUCUUUACGAAAAAGAAAGGUUGAAGGAAAUUAAGGAGUGGAGCAGGCAGUGCUUGGCGUUUAGGCGGGAGCUCCGCAACCUUGAGGGAGGUGUUGCUGAAGUCGAGUCACUUAAGCGGGAAAUUCUGCAGCUACAGAAAGAGUUGCUGCAAGAGAGGACGAAGGUGAGGGCAUUAACCGAGGCCCUGGCAACGCCGAUGAACGUGCACAGGUGGAGACGACUCGAAGGGACAGACCCUGCCAAAGUUGAACUGGUUAUUGAGAGGGACCUGCAAAUUCAGGAAAGGGAGAAACUUUUUGUGCAGCUAAAGGAUGUGCGCACCAAAACAAAACAACUCCGGGCAGCUGUUUCCGAGCUCCAAGUUCUACACAAGGAGUCUGUGAAAUUUUCCUACAUCGAAGAGAAGAGGAACGAAGCUCGGGAACAGCAGAAGCAGCAGCAGUUGCAGCAGCAGACGACGUCUUGUCUACGGAAGACCACUAUGGUUGAAGAGAGGCCUACUUGGCCUUUUGCUGCUCCUGCCAGCCUGUUUUACCGACGGGCAGAUGUAUCAAAGACCCAGCCCUAUUGGUCCGGUAGACGGUGGAAUUCCGUACAGCAGCUGUCAAAUGCACUAAGAUCUCGCGAAGGCCAGAGAUAUGCCUCAGCUGGAACUCCCGAGCAAAGCGCGCAACUGCAGAUGGCCAACUCGCAAAAUUUUGCCAAUCCCACAGCUAGCGCUUCAUCUCAAGUGGGCAGCUACCAAACAAUGCUACGAAACGGAACGGCUGCCUAUCAAACACCGAUGGCCCCAUAUGAGGGCAGGAGCAUGGCCCCCACUCACCCCGGAGUCAACAGCGCAGCCCAACCGCAGUACAGCGAGGCAUUUAACCCACAGGUUGAUCCAGAGGGGACGAGGCAAUCCGUCCAGACUUCUGGAACAGGACCUUUGCCUUCACCCGGCAGCGCGAGCAACGGGCCUACCUCCCAGUACAACGGUGGCGUCGCUGCAAACCGCUUUAAUGGGGGGCGUCCUAUGACAAGCCGUCCUGCUGAUGCGAACAUCAGGUAUCCUGGCAGUGGCAGAUAUACCCAGUCAGGGCGGACCAUAAGUAGCUUUUCGGGAAUCGCAUCAGGUGAUCCUUACAGCUCCUACUUUUCUCAAAGGAGACAAGGGAACCAACCAACGUCAGACCAGGCUGGGAGCGGGGAUGCAGAGAGCAGCUCUGCUGGCUCUACCACGGAGGGGGAGACGCAACCAACUGAAACUGAAGAGGGAGAAUCUGCUGAAGCGGGAAGCUCAGGCAGAAUAGGAGGGAGGAGGGUAAUGAAUCCGUAUGAUCUCUCCCACAUUUUCCCAGAUAUAUACCAGGAAGAACAGCCAGCUUCAUACGAGAAUAUGACUAGCCAAAGUCUUGCCUUGUUGGAGAUGACCACUAUCAACUCUGGCAAUGACGAGGAGUAA